GCCUCGCCGGUUCUGCUCUCUUUUCAGAGCGGGAAAGGAGAGGAGAAGGAGGCAGAGCGCAUGCGCUCGAGCUGAAGGGAGCCGAGUGGUCGCGCGACGAGGAUCGAGGCGGGGAUUGGCUGAGGCGCAGAGGGAGAGAGAAAGAGGCAGGCAUCAUGGCGGACUACCUCAUCAGUGGCGGCACCGGCUACGUCCCCGACGACGGGCUCACGGCGCAGCAGAUGCUCAACUGCGGGGACGGGCUCACCUACAAUGACUUCCUAAUACUUCCUGGCUACAUAGAUUUUACUGCAGACCAAGUGGACCUGACCUCUGCUCUGACCAAGAAGAUAACCUUGAAGACUCCCUUGGUAUCCUCCCCUAUGGAUACAGUAACCGAAGCCAGCAUGGCUAUUGCAAUGGCGCUCACAGGUGGGAUUGGAUUCAUCCACCAUAACUGUACUCCAGAAUUCCAGGCCAAUGAAGUGAGGAAAGUUAAGAAAUACGAACAAGGAUUUAUCACAGACCCAGUAGUGCUGAGCCCCAAAGAUCGGGUCCGAGACGUCUUUGAAGCAAAAGCCCGCCAUGGGUUCUGUGGCAUCCCCAUAACAGACAAUGGGAAAAUGGGCAGCCGGCUUGUGGGCAUCAUCUCGUCUCGAGACAUCGACUUCCUGAAGGAGGAAGAACAUGAUCUGCCGCUUAGUGAGAUCAUGACCAAGCGGGAAGACCUGGUUGUGGCACCGGCAGGAGUUACCUUAAAAGAAGCCAAUGAAAUUUUGCAGAGAAGCAAAAAAGGUAAAUUGCCCAUUGUUAAUGAUAAAGAUGAAUUGGUGGCCAUAAUCGCUCGCACAGAUUUGAAGAAGAAUCGAGACUACCCCCUGGCAUCCAAAGAUGCCAAGAAACAACUGCUUUGUGGUGCUGCAAUUGGGACCCAUGAAGAUGACAAAUACCGGCUUGAUCUUCUGGUGCAAGCUGGUGUGGAUGUGGUUGUGUUGGAUUCCUCUCAAGGGAAUUCCAUUUUCCAGAUCAACAUGAUCAAAUACAUCAAGGAAAAAUACUCUGAGCUGCAGGUCAUUGGUGGCAAUGUGGUGACAGCAGCCCAGGCGAAGAACCUGAUUGACGCUGGGGCUGAUGCCCUGAGAGUCGGGAUGGGCAGCGGCUCCAUCUGCAUAACUCAAGAAGCUGCUCCAACGAUCCCUCCAGACCUAAAGUCCCACAGCCCCAAAUGCCCUUCCACAGUCACUGGCACGUAUAUUUUAGCGUGUGGGAGACCUCAGGCCACUGCUGUCUACAAGGUGUCGGAAUACGCUCGGAGGUUUGGCGUGCCGGUGAUUGCGGAUGGUGGCAUCCAGACGGUUGGACACAUUGCUAAAGCUCUUGCGCUUGGCGCUUCCACAGUAAUGAUGGGUUCCCUUUUGGCUGCCACCACCGAAGCCCCAGGGGAAUACUUCUUCUCAGAUGGAAUCAGGCUGAAGAAAUACCGGGGCAUGGGAUCCCUUGAUGCCAUGGACAAAAACCUGGGCAGCCAGAAUAGAUACUUCAGUGAGACAGAUAAAAUUAAAGUGGCACAGGGUGUCUCCGGUGCGGUGCAAGACAAGGGCUCCAUCCAUAAAUUUGUGCCAUACCUGAUUGCUGGCAUCCAGCACUCCUGCCAGGAUAUUGGAGCAAAGAGUCUAACGCAAGUCAGGGCCAUGAUGUAUUCUGGAGAGCUGAAAUUUGAAAAGAGGACGAUGUCUGCCCAAGUGGAAGGAGGAAUCCACGGCCUUCAUUCAUAUGAAAAGCGCCUUUUCUGAUGAAGGUCCCGUGCUCUGCCUUUGCAGCCGCCCUGCAGUGCCUGUGCUGCCCCGUCAUGAACUGCUCCCUUCACAGAAGUGCCAUUUCUCCGGCAGGAAGGGGCUCCCUGGAGCUCCCCAUGGCUCAUCAGCUGCUUUCACGAGGCUGAAGAGGACGCAGAGGAAGAAGUGCUCUCGGCUGAAUUAGGCUCUUGAGAGGGGGCCUGUCUGUGCGCGCGCGUGUGUAUGUGUGUCAGCGUUCAUUUUUUUUACAAUAAAACCAAAGUGCAAGAGA